UCAACGUGGAGGACAGCAAGUGGGCUGGGCUCCAAAUUGGUGGGAUGUGAGGAGGACAAAGCUCUAAUUGAAGUAGAACGCAUCAAUCCUCUCACAAAACGACAGGAGCAAACUGCUGCCGGCGUCAACCAACUACUCUCGGAUAAUCGAAUUUUGGUGGGAGACAGAGAAGAUGGAGGUAGGCUUCCUGGGGCUUGGAAUAAUGGGAAAAGCCAUAGCCUUGAAUCUUCUCCGCCAUGGCUUCAAAGUUACCGUUUGGAACAGGACCCUCUCUAAGUGCGAUGAACUCGUGGAGCAUGGUGCUUCUGUCGCAGAAUCCCCCGCAGCAGUAGUUAAGAAGUGCAAGUUUACCUUUACAAUGUUAUCUGAUCCUUCAGCUGCUCUUGAGGUUGUUUUUGGAAAGGAUGGCAUUGUUGAGCAUAUUUCUGGUGGAAAAGGUUACAUUGACAUGUCUACAGUUGAUGCUGGUACUUCUUCAAAGAUUAGUGAGGCGAUUACAAAAAAAGGUGGUUACUUCCUUGAAGCGCCUGUUUCAGGUAGCAAAAAGCCCGCAGAAGAUGGUCAACUAGUUAUACUUGCAGCUGGGGAGCAGGCAUUGUAUGAGGAAGUGCUUCCAGCUUUUAAUGUCAUUGGAAAGAAGUCUUUCUACUUGGGGCAGGUUGGAAAUGGAGCUAAAAUGAAACUUGUUGUGAAUAUGAUAAUGGGCAGUAUGAUGAAUGCAUUCUCUGAGGGACUUGUUCUUGCUGGUAGAAGUGGACUGGAUCCUUCAGUUCUUCUUGAUGUUUUGGAUCUGGGUGGAAUUGCAAAUCCAAUGUUUAGGUUGAAAGGACCCACUAUGAUUCAGGGCAGUCAUUCACCUGCAUUUCCUUUGAAACAUCAGCAGAAGGACAUGAGAUUAGCUCUUUCCCUUGGGGAUGAAACUGCUGUAUCAAUGCCAGUAGCUGCUGCAGCUAAUGAGGCAUUCAAGAAGGCUAGAAGCAUGGGGCUUGGAGAGCUUGACUUCUCAGCUGUGUAUGAGACCGUGAAGGCUCUUGAACCUCCCUCUCAAAUCAGCUAGGCGCACUCGCUGUCUUCUCUUUAAUGCGUGGUUUUAUAAGCAAUGCACCCUAUACUAUUCUCUUGUUUCAUAACUAUUCGAAUUCCCUCCUCAUAGGCCUUUGUUUGUUACAUAUUUAAAUUAGAUGCAAAUAAUACCACUGCAGCUACCCACACCCCUGUUCACUUUAA